AUUAACUGUGAAUAAUGGGGGGGACCAUCAACAUUAAGAAAAUAUAUAUUUGGUUGUAUUUAAUAUUAAUACAUAGUUUGUUAGACUUUAGUAUGAAAGAACUAUCUUAAAUGCCCAGUAUCUUAUUCUAUAGUUGAAUAGUCUAUAUAAAAUAAGUGCCUUUUCCAGCCGGGCGCGGUGGCUCACGCCUGUAAUCCCAGCACUUUGGGAGGCUGAGGCGGGCGGAUCACGAAGUCAGGAAAUCGAGACCAUCCUGGCUAACACGAUGAAACACCGUCUCUACUAAAAAUACAAAAAAUUAGGUGGGUGUGGUGUGGGCGCCUGUAGUCCCAGUUGCCUGGGAGGCUGAGGCAGGAGGAUGGCGUAAACCCGGGAAGUGGAGCUUGCAGUGAGCCGAGAUCUUGCCACUGCACUCCAGCCUGGGUGACAGAGCGAGACUCCAUCUCUAAAUAAAUUAAUUAAUUAAAUAAAAUAAGUGCCUCUUCCAACAAAUAGCUGUGAACCACAGGCCAGCAAGGUCUUCCCUGCCCUCUUAGGUAGACUGGGAAGAUUGCUGUGUGAACCACCAAUCUCAUGAUGCAUACCAGCAGCAACAAGUAUUUCAGGACUGAUGAAGAUGAUUGUUAUUUAUCUGUUUUCUCCUUAGGCUGCCCUAAACAAGGGAAGUCAGGGCCACAUGGAGUUCACAUUUAAUUGUAGUAUUCUGGAGUAUCUUUUUUUAAAAAAGCUUUGAUCGCUUGGAUGUAGCUCCUAGGAAUCGAUAAAUGAAGCAAUCCUGGUAACACACCAAUUGUGCAAGGAAGUGUUAGCCCAUUUGUGGACGCCAGGCAGGGAGCAUUUGAGUAUAUAUAGCACAAUGCUAAAUUAAAGUUUAGCAGAAAUUUAGUAAAUUUAUCAGUGUGAAAUGCCAAGCAGAUAAAUAAUGUGAAAAUGUAUCCAAAUUGGUUAUUAACUUUGAUAAAAUUAAGCAAAUAACAAUAAACUCUCCACUUAAGGAUGUGCUGUAAAGAGAAGAGACUUUGGUGUUGUGCAAAGAUAAUCUUAGUGGGUGCUGGGCAUACCUGCAUAUUCUUGACCUGUGAGUUAUAAUGGAAUGAAAGGGGCUUGUAUAAUUAUAAGUCAUUGCCCCAGGGAAAAUUAAUGUCCUCUCUAGUUUCCUUUCAAUAUCACUUAGGAAGUUUGAGUUUUAGAAUGGUUUUGUCAUUUCAUGAUUACUAUUUUAUCAAUCACAUUGAAUGGAGCCAUCAUUUUUUGAGGUUCUAAUUUCAGGUGUUUUUGAGGAAAAAAAUCACAAUCUGUACGUGAGAAAGGACAUGAGGAGACUAAAGACCUGGGAUUUUGCCGAUCAGAAUGAAACCAAUGUUGAAAGACUUUUCAAAUCUAUUGUUGGUGGUGCUCUGUGACUAUGUUCUUGGAGAAGCUGAAUAUCUCCUCUUGAGAGAGCCAGGCCAUGUAGCACUAAGCAACGACACAGUGUAUGUGGAUUUCCAGUAUUUUGAUGGUGCUAAUGGGACACUGAGGAAUGUAUCUGUCCUGCUGUUGGAGGCCAACACCAAUCAGACUGUAACUGCCAAGUACCUCUUGACCAACCAGUCCCAGGGAACACUCAAGUUUGAGUGCUUCUAUUUCAAGGAGGCUGGUGACUACUGGUUCACAAUGAUUCCAGAAGCAACAGACAACAGCACUCCAUUCCCCUGGUGGGAGAAAAGUGCCUCUCUGAAGGUGGAAUGGCCGGUCUUUCACGUUGACUUGAAUAGGAGUGCCAAGGCAGCAGAAGGCACCUUCCAAGUGGGCCUAUUUACCAGUCAACCACUGUGCCCAUUUCCUGUGGACAAGCCCGACAUUGUAGUGGAUGUCAUCUUCACCAACAGUCUUCCUGAGGCAAGAAGAAAUUCAGGACAGCCACUGGAAAUAAGAACCAGCAAAAGGACACAACUUGCUCAAGGUCAGUGGGUUGAGUUUGGCUGUGCACCCGUGGGGCCAGAAGCCUAUGUCACCGUGGUGCUGAAGCUGCUUGGGCGAGACUCAGUCAUUACCUCCACAGGACCCAUUGACCUGGCCCAGAAAUUUGGAUACAAACUGGUGAUGGUGCCAGAACUCACAUGUGAGUCCGGGGUAGAGGUGAUGGUGCUGCCUCCACCAUGCACCUUCGUCCAAGGAGUGGUCACUGUCUUCAAGGAGGCACCCAGAUCCCCUGGGAAGAGGAUCAUUCACUUGGCUGAAAACAGCCUGCCCUUGGGAGAGAGGAGGACAAUUUUUAACUGUACUUUGUUUGACAUGGGGAAGAAUAAGUACUGCUUUGACUUUGGCAUUUCAAGCAGAAGCCAUUUUUCUGCAAAGGAGAAGGAGUGCAUGCUGAUUCGGAGAAAUUUAGAAACUUGGGGAGUGUGGCAGCCGUGGAGCCAGUGUAGUGCCACAUGUGGGGAUGGUGUCAGAGAGCGUCGCCGAGUGUGUCUCACUUCCUUCCCCUCCAGACCUGGCUGCCCUGGAAUGUCCUUGGAGACCUCCCUGUGUUCCCUGGAGGAGUGUGCUGCUUUCCAGCCAUCCAGCCCAUCUCCUCUUCAGCCCCAGGGUCCAGUGAAGUCCAACAACAUCGUGACUGUCACUGGUAUAUCCUUGUGCUUGUUCAUCAUCAUUGCCACCGUGCUCAUCACUCUGUGGAGGAGGUUCGGCCGCCCCCCCAAGUGCAGCACCCCUGCUCGACACAACUCCAUCCACUCCCCCGGCUUCCGGAAGAACUCGGACGAGGAGAAUAUCUGUGAGCUGAGCGAGCAGCGUGGGAGCUUCUCAGAUGGGGGAGACGGGCCCACGGGGAGUCCAGGGGACACGGGCAUCCCUCUGACCUACAGACGGAGCGGGCCAGUGCCUCCCGAGGACGAUGUCUCUGGCAGCGAGAGCUUCCAGUCCAACGCCCAGAAGAUAAUCCCACCUCUGUUCAGCUACCGCCUUGCCCAGCAGCAAUUAAAGGAGAUGAAAAAGAAAGGUCUGACGGAAACCACCAAAGUGUAUCACGUGUCUCAGAGUCCCCUGACAGACACCGCCAUUGAUGCCGCUGCCAGCCCUCCCUUAGAUUUGGAAAGCCCGGAAGAAGCUGCAGCAAACAAGUUCCGGAUCAAAUCCCCAUUUCCGGAGCAGCCUGCCGUCAGCGCCGGGGAAAGGCCUCCCUCCAGACUGGAUUUCAGUGUGACUCAGGCCAGUUGUGCCAUAAGCCCCAGCCAGACUCUGAUUCGCAAGUCACAGGCAAGGCACGUGGGCAGCAGAGGGGGCCCAUCCGAGAGGAGCCAUGCCAGGAACGCCCAUUUCAGGAGGACAGCGAGUUUCCAUGAAGCCAGGCAGGCCCGGCCGUUCCGAGAGAGGAGCAUGUCCACUCUGACUCCACGGCAGGCCCCCGCCUACAGCUCUAGGACGCGGACUGGGGAGCAGGCAGAGGACAGACUUAGGCCUCAGAGUCGAGGCGCCCACCUGUUUCCUGAAAAACUGGAGCAUUUCCAGGGGGCAAGUGGAACCUGUGGUCCAUUAAACCCUCUCCCUAAAUCCUACACUUUGGGGCAGCCCUUGAGGAAACCAGACCUUGGGGAUCGCCAGGCAGGGUUAGUGGCAGGAAUUGAGAGAACAGAGCCCCACAGAGCUCGUAGGGGACCGUCCCCCAGUCACAAGAGUGUCUCAAGGAAGCAGUCUUCUCCCACAUCCCCCAAAGAUAGCUACCAGAGGAUCAGUCCUCUGAGCCCUUCUCAGUGUAGGAAAGACAAGUGUCAAAGCUUCCCCACUCACCCUGAGUUUGCCUUCUAUGACAAUACAUCAUUUGGCCUCACUGAGGCUGAGCAGAGGAUGCUGGACCUCCCAGGAUAUUUUGGGUCAAAUGAAGAGGACGAAACCACAAGUACACUUAGCAUGGAGAAGCUGGUGAUCUAGACUGAGAAUCAGCCUGAGCUUUACACAGCUGGGGUCUGCUACUCGUGUUUUGUAGACUUUUGUGUAACUAUUUGUACCAUGGGACAGAAUGUGAGGAGGAAGUAACACACACAGAGGAGAAUGUGUGUGUAUGCAUGUGUUUGAAUUCACAAGAAAGAAAUUAUUUAUCUUGAGCUUUUUCCUUUGUUAUUCAAUUUCUAUGGAUUAAUUACUAAUAAUCAUAAUAAAAUAUAAACAAUUUUA